UACUACUAUAGUUCCUCUACUGACUAGAGGACUACUCAGGAUUUUUUUCUUCUUGAGGUAAUUGUGGUAAGUUAUAUUUUUCUAGGAAUGGGGUUGUUUUGUCUGUAUUCUUAAAUUAAUUAGCAUAAAGUUUUAUUUUUCAAUUCUCUGCUACAUAAUCUGCAAUUAUGUCUCCUUUUUCAUUGUUGAUAUUGGUUAUUUGUGCCUUCUCACUUUUUUUUUUGAUUAAUCUCACCAGAGGCUUAUCUAUUUUAUUAGUCUUUUCAAAGAACCAACUUUUGGCCUUGUUGCUCCUCUCUAUUUUGUCUUUGUUUUCUAUUUCUUUUAUUUCUGCACUUAUUUUUUUUGAUCUCCUUCCUUCCACAUUUUUUGGAUUUAUUCUGCUGUUCUUUUUCUGAUUUUUGAAAUUGGACAUUGUGC